AUGAUCUCCGUCGCAAGGCCUUCGGUGCUGCGCGCCGUGCGCUCGCAGCUCCAUCCCUCACGACCAAUUUUCGACGUCCGGUUAUCGGCGCUCACACGACUAUUGUCGACAUUAGCAGUUCUCGAGCAAAGAGGCGGCAAGCUCUCAUCAGCUUCUCUAUCUGCUAUUGCAGCUGCUCAGAAAUUGGGCGGCUCGGUUACGGGGUUUGUUGCUGGUGAUGGUGUGAAGUCAUCGGCGGCCGUGGAAGCGGCGAAGAUAAAGGGAGUCGAGAAGGUUGUCGCAGUGGAGAAUGCUGCUUAUGAGAAGGGCUUGCCCGAAAACUACGCUCCCUUACUCGUGGACAACAUCAAAAGCGGUGGAUAUACACAUGUGAUCGCAGGACAUUCAGCAUUUGGCAAGGGCCUUCUACCUCGCGUCGCUGCUUUGCUUGAUGUACAACAAAUCUCUGAUAUUACCGCCAUUGAGAGUGAAGAUACUUUCGUUCGACCCAUCUACGCCGGUAACGCCAUCCUUACGGUCCAAUCCGAAGACCCCAUCAAAGUCAUUACCGUCCGAGGUACCGCCUUCCAAGGCACCGAGACAGAGGGCGGCUCCGCAGAAAUCGUCGAUGGCGUCGACCCCAAGGUCGAAAGCACAACGGAAUGGGUCUCAGAGGAUCUUGCAAAGUCUGACCGUCCCGAUCUCGCAACAGCGUCUAGAGUUGUUUCUGGUGGUCGUGGCCUGAAGUCCAAGGAGGAGUUCGACCGAGUGAUGGUACCAUUGGCUGAUGCCCUCGGUGCGGCAAUUGGUGCUUCUCGUGCUGCUGUAGACAGUGGAUAUGCCGACAACAGUCUCCAAGUUGGUCAGACUGGAAAGAACGUUGCUCCUCAAUUAUAUCUUGCGGCUGGUAUUUCCGGUGCGAUUCAACAUUUGGCCGGUAUGAAGGAUAGCAAGGUCAUUGCCGCCAUCAAUAAGGACCCCGAGGCACCCAUCUUCCAGGUGGCUGAUGUUGGAUUAGUGGGAGAUCUGUUUGAGAAAGUGCCGGAGUUGACUGAAAAGCUUAAGAAAUAG